AUGCCUUCCGCAGCCCCCACAGGGGACCUGGCCUCGCAGGUCCUCCAAGCCCUCGACAAAUCCUCACCCCUCCUCUCCGCCGAAGCUUUCCCCGCCGCCGGCUUCACCGAGCUCAAGGCCGCCCUCGACAGGCUCGCCUCCCGUGACAUGGUCAAGUACGAGCAGCUGGAGCGAGACGAAGCAGUACUAGAGCCCGAGGGCGAGCAGAUCGCCGCCAAUGGCAGCCACGAGGCCCGCGUCUUCGAGGCAUUAAGGCAGGCCGUCGAGGGCCUGACUGUCCAGGAGCUCGAGAAGGCUAUUGGCGACAAGAACGUCGUCAAGAUCGGCCAGGGCAAGGCUUUCAAGGAGAAGUGGAUCGCCAAGACAAAGGAUGGCAAGUUCCAGGCCACGGCCGACGCGAUCAAGGACACGACCCAGGAGCAGAUGCGGACCAUCCAGAAGACGAGGGCGUACCCGGACGCCAAGGUACUCAACGACCUGAGGAAGCGCAAGCUGGUGCGCAUACAAAAGAUCUACACCUUCAAGGUCCAAAAGGGCGACAAGUUCGCCCUCGAGAUCCCCGAGGAAGCGACCGACCUGACCUUCGACAUGAUCGCCACCGGCGCCUGGAAGACCGCCACCUUCAAGCCCUACAACUUCAAGGCCCUGGGUGCCGACCAGCGGCCCGGUGCGCUGCACCCCCUCAACAAGGUCCGCGCCGAGCUGAGGCAAAUCUUCUUCGAGAUGGGCUUCGAGGAGAUGCCCACGGACAAGUGCGUCGAGUCUGGUUUCUGGAACUUCGACACCCUCUUCGUGCCCCAACAACACCCCGCCCGCGACCUGCAAGACACCUUCUACAUCUCCGAUCCCAAGCUUGCCGACCCUCCCCGCGCCGAGGACGAGAAUGACAAGAAGGACUACAAGAAGUACUGGGAGAACGUCAAGGCGGUACACCAGAACGGCAAGUACGGCUCAAUAGGCUACCGAUACCCCUGGUCCGGCGAUGAGACGCUCAAGCUGGUGCUGCGGACGCACACCACCGCCGUCAGCGCGGCCAUGCUGUACAAGCUCGCACACAAGAAGGGCCCCGACGGCCGCCCGCCCCCGGCACGAUACUUCUCCAUCGACCGAGUCUUCCGAAACGAGUCCGUCGACGCCACCCACCUGGCAGAGUUCCACCAGGUCGAGGGUGUCAUCGCCGACUACAACCUCACCCUGGGCGGCCUCAUGGAGUUCAUGGAGAUCUUCUUCGGCAAGAUGGGCCUGACCGACCUCAAGUUCAAGCCCGCCUACAACCCCUACACUGAGCCCAGCAUGGAGAUCUUCGCCUAUCACAAGGGCCUCAAGAAGCUCGUCGAGAUUGGCAACAGCGGCAUGUUCCGCCCCGAGAUGCUGGAGUCGAUGGGUUUCCCCCCCGACAUGAGGGUUUACGGCUGGGGUCUGUCUCUCGAGCGCCCCACCAUGAUCAAGUAUGGCAUUUCCAACAUUCGUGAGCUGCUGGGUCACAAGGUCGACCUGAACUUUGUGCAGAGCAGCGCGGCGGUACGGCUGGACAAGGCGUAG